AUGUUGUACAAAUUGCUGAUUGCAUUCGCCUUCUUGGUCGGCCUAGUGAGCGCAGCGUCCAAAGAUUACGGCUACGGCUAUGGACAUGGCAGUAAAUUCGGACACUUUGGCAAGAAUGGUUAUGGAUACGGUGGCUAUGGAGACAAGUAUGGUUACGGUGGCUACGGCGGCUAUGGUGGCUAUGGCGACAAGUAUGGCUAUGGUGGCUACGGUGACAAAUACGGCUACGGAGGCUACGGUGGCUACGGUGGUGACAAGUACGGCUACGGCGGUUACGGCCACUACGGUGGUGACAAAUACGGAUACGGAGGCUACGGUGGUUACGGCGGCUACGGUGGUGACAAGUACGGCUACGGCGGUGACAAAUACGGCUACGGCGGCUACGGCGGUGACAAGUACGGCUACGGCGGUGACAAAUACGGCUACGGAGGCUACGGCGGUGACAAGUACGGCUACGGCGGCUAUGGAGGAUACGGUGGCUACGGUGGCUAUGGCGGCUAUGGAAGCUAUGGCUACGGCUACUAA